AUGUUCACAGUGGAGUCGAAGAAAGCUACUACUCCUAAAGAAGAGCCGUUUCCUACCUCAUCAAGAGUGAGUGACAAUAGUCAUGACACGUUGGUUGACUCUAUUGCACGAAUCCGAUUGGUUCAGUUCCAAAAGGAUAAUGACGAGCCGAUGGGGAUAACACUAAAGGUUACGGAAGAUGGAAGAUGUUUCGUGGCUCGUAUAAUGCAUGGUGGAAUGGUGCACAGACAAGCAUCAGCAUCAUCUUAUGCAGUAAAAAAACGUGCUGUCGGCAAUUUCGCUAUAAGUGGAUAG